GGAUAAGGGACCUGCAACCACCUGGGAAAUUGGCAUCAGCCCCCGUCAAGAGCCACAUCGAAUUGCGCAAACAGCUGCGAAACGCGUUGAGAUUCCUUGAACGACGUGCUGACAGACGAGCUGACAGAUUUGGGCUUGUUAGCGCAUCGACUGGGCCGGUUCCCUCGUAGCGGCGAGCUAUCGUCCCUUCUGUAACUGGACAUCUGUUGACCUAUCCAAGGCCAAAAGUGCACAGCAUGGAUCUCGACAAGUUGAAGGACUAUGUGGACGUGUACAAAAUCACCUCUAUGGUGAAUAAGGUGAAAAAUGCAGUUUACAAUUACACAGAAUAUGAAAUCAAGGUCCGCGAUGCGACAAAUAAUGAGCCAUGGGGCGCCAGUUCCACUCUCAUGCAAGACAUUGCGGCUGGAACAAGUCAUUAUACGCACUUUGCCGAAAUCAUGGACACAGUUUAUACCCGGUUUCAGGAAAAGGGCGGUUCUCAGUGGAGGCAGAUCUACAAGGCUCUUCAGCUCUUGGAAUAUUUAAUAAAGAAUGGAUCAGAACGCGUUAUCGACACUGCUAGGGAUCGCAUAUAUGAAUUGAAAGCUUUGAAAAACUUUCACUACAUCGAUGACAAGGGCAAAGACCAGGGUAUCAACGUCCGAAACCGCGCCAAAGAGAUUGCGGAGUUAUUGGCGGAUAACGACAAAAUAAAAGCAGAAAGAAGAAAAGCAAAAGAAAAUAGAGCUAAAUAUACGGGCAUGGCUUCUAACGGAUUCGGAAGCAGAUAUGGCGGUUACGGGCCAGAAUCCGAGUCAUACUCUUCUUCGAGCGGUGGGUACGGAGGAGGGUACGGAGGAGGGUUCAAAGAUGAUGAUGAGAGUUCCCGGUCUGGACAAGAUCGUUAUGAUCGUCCAUCGUCUGCUCGAAAUGGAUCAUCUCGUACUGAGGAGACUGCAAACAAAGGGAAAAGCAGCACCACCACCGCAUCUGCCGGCCCUCAAACUACAACACCAAGUGUUAACUUGUUGGACGUGGGGACCGGCGACGAUGAUUGGGGCGAUUUUUCAGGGGGAUCUACUGCGACCGCCCCUGUCAAGAAGGUUGACGAUUUCGCUGAUUUUCAGAGUGCUCCUAUCGCCCCUGUCACUGCACCUGUGCAACCGUUUGCGUCGUUUGCGUCCCCUCCUAUUCCAUCUUCUAGCGUGUUCCCUCAAGGGUCAUCGACUACCAACUUUGCCAACUUUGCGCCACCUGCGCAGGUGCCUGUACCAACCUCCGCGGGCAUCGAUUUGCUUGGGGGCUUCGGUGCACCUUCAAGCGGUUCGAUGAACGCCUCGAGAGGUGCAGCUCCUCCGGCCUUUGGACAACAAACCUUGGUGGGACCAUCGUCAUCGUCAGCGUCCUCUGGCGGAUUUACAAAGCCUGCAUCGAACGAUCCCUUCUCGAAACUUGUCUCCUUGGAUGCUACUUCUCUCUCCGGUGGGGGUAAACGGGAGGAAGCCGCUGGACCGAGCUUGAAUGCAUUAGGGUCGACAAGUGCAAUGGGUGGAUUCGGUCAAUUUGGGCAGUUUGCGACGUCUUCGCAACCUCGGCCAGUGAUGGGAGGUGCUGCAAAUUUGACACCUAAUGUGCGACCUAUGGCAAGUGGAGCGAAUUCUGGUUUUGCAGCUUUUGGGAGCCAGCCUGCGGCUGGGCAAGGACAAAAUGAGUCGUUGUUUUGAGGAGGGAUUGUAGUAGGUUUUAGAUCAUUUCCUUUUUGGCCAGGUCUUUAUCAGAGCCUUUCACAUUCUAAAUUGGCACGCACGUUUUGGAACUCUGGAUCGCAAAG